UAAAUACAAUGACGAAACAACUGUUGGAGAAGUAGUGUUUCCCACCUACAUAAGUGUUGUGUAUCAUAGCAAAAUUAUCAAAAAUAUUCAACUCUUAUUCACAAUGGUUAAGAGUUCGUGAACUAGUACCAGGUUUCGAUGAUUGUGAAACAAAGGUUUCCUUCCUUUUGGAGGAUUAACAAAGUUAAUGGGGAAUGAAAUAAGUGCCCGCAACGGGCUAGAAAUUGACGAGAAAUCAGUGGAAAUAACAGACUUUUGGGUGCACUAUACUGCCCGCGUGAAUGACCAUGGUAUUCGAACAGUUUCUUUAUUUGUCAGCGAACCGUCUUUGCAUUAUAGUCCGAAUUUCGGAAAUCCUUCUCCGUUAGAGAAAGCUUCAAAGAAUCUAAUGUUAUACAGGCAUCCUUGUAUACUUAAGUAUAUUUCAUCGUGGUCCAAAGGCAACAAAUUUUUUCUUACAACUGAACAAGUUAAACCUCUGAUUCAAAUGAUAGAAACACAAAAUACAUUGCAAAUAUGCAUGGGUUUGUAUAGCAUUUUACGUGCACUUGUAUUCCUUCAUGAAAAGGCAUUUGCAUCACACAACAAUAUUUGUGGAAGUGUUAUCUAUGUAACAUCUGAAGGAUGUUGGAAACUUGGUGGAUUAGAAUGUCUAUGUAAAUUCAAAGAAUUAACAUCUACUUAUUUAAAGAAAAUAAGAAGUUAUAGAUACGAGAAAGCAGUAUCAUCCGAUGAAGAUACAACUAUCUCAUCGAACAAUUGUACAGCAAUUGAUGCAUAUGCAUUUGGUAUUUUAGCUGAAGACAUUCUUAGAUUAAAGAAUUCAGAAGAUGUGCCAAGCCUCCUAGAGUUUAAGCAGUUUUGUAAAGAGAAUCUACAGAAUUCAGAUCCAUGUUUAAGGAGUGAAUUAUCAAGUGUUCUCCAACAUCCCUUUUUCACUCAUGACUUUAUGAGAAUACAUGCAUUUUUAGAGGAAUUACCAUUAAAAAGUAAUCAAGAAAAAGAAAUAUUUUUUGGAAAUUUAAUAGCACAAUUAAGAACAUUUCCUGAAAGUAUUGUCGCGGAACAACUGGGUCGAUUGCUACUCUCAAGAAUGGUCUUAUUAGAUUCGACUGCUCAAGAAAAGCUUUUGCCAUUCAUCUUAAAACCAAGAGAUGGGAAGGACGAUAUGGACAAUAAUCUGUUUACAGUUUCAACAUUCAAAGCAUACUUAGUACCCAAACUGCUGCAGAUGUUCUGUAUAAGAGAUGCAUCUAUACGUUUGGUACUGCUGUCACAUUUGAAUUCCUUUGUUCACACAUUUCAAGUGGACGAAUUAAAAUCGCAAGUACUACCUGAAUUGCUUGUUGGAAUUAAAGACACAAAUGAUCAUCUUGUAUCUGAAACUUUAAAAGCAUUAGCCGAUAUAGUUCCAAUCCUCGGCGCGGCCACUGUAGUUGGUGGAAACAGAGGAAAAUUAUUUACGGACGGUCGGCCAAAUAAAAUUACCGAAAACGGGCAAAAUAAUCAAAUUAUUUCGCCUUUUACAAAUAUCGUUGAAUUUGCAGCUGCCGCGGGUAAUAGCGAGAGCACAGUUGAUUUACCAGAGAGACCAUCGCCAGAUGGAGGUGAGGAUAAAAAGGAGAUCGUUUCUUUGAUAACAGAGGAAGAAUACACAUGGUCUGAUUGGGACACACAAGAAACUGUUCCUGGAAAUAUUCGUCAUCAUAUUUCAUCAUCUUCCGAUACAAUUGGCGAGUCUAAUGAUACUUCGGCCGUUAGUUCAACGUUAACAGUUGAAGCUAAUUCAGCAUCAGAUGUAAACAUCACUAACACACUUGACCCUAAGUUUUCAAAGAAACCGACCAUUUUAUCUGAUAUUUCAGAGCUUGAUAUCAAGAACUCAAAAUUGAUAAAUUCGACCAAGGAAGAAUAUGAUUUCUUCACAGAUAUGGAGCCUGUAAUUAAAAAGACACAGGUCUUGCAUAUACAACAACCACAGACAGCAUCAAAAAGUGUAUUUGACAUUCAUGUAUUAACUGGACUAGAUAUGAACGAAGAAAACAGUGGUUGGGAUGAGGAUUUAAGUGACUGGGGAAUGAAUGAUGCUCAAGAAUUACGAAUUUGA